AUGAAGUACCUACUAUUGGCAUCGUCGCUGGCCAGCCUUGGGCUUGCGGCAGAUGUUGACAAAAGGGAGGGUGGCCCUAGUGCCCUGGAAGCCUUCUACGAAUCCGAAAACGAUAGCCUUGCGCGGUAUACCCUGAUCGCCCUCGCCUGCACCGCAAUGUUGUAUGGAACCUGGCAGCUCGGCGUGCAUUUCAUUGCACAUCUACGACGACUAUCAACAUUUGGAGAUGACAGGCAGAGAUAUUUUGUGCCGGCAAACGAGAUAUACGCAUCGCUGAAAAGAUACCUGAUCUACGCUCCACUAUUUCACAAUCGCCAUAACCGCGAAUUCCAACUUUCCCAGGCCAUUAACAUGGGAAAUUUGCCGAGCCGGAUGCAUGGGCUCUUGGUUAUUGGGAUUGUGGCGAUGAAUGUCGUUGUCUGUGUGGUGACUGUUCCUUACGCGGCACAAGAAGAGACCACGGCGGGCAUCAUCCGGAAUCGGACAGGCACGAUGGCUACGGUCAACUUGAUUCCCCUCGUUAUCUUGGCAGGAAGGAAUAACCCUCUCAUUGCUAUGCUACGUGUGCCAUUCGACACUUGGAAUCUGCUUCACCGAUGGUUGGGCCGCAUCGUUGUGUUGGAAGCCCUGGCUCAUACAUUCGCGUGGGCAAUUCCAAAAGCACAAGAGGCCGGCUGGAGUAUUGUUGGCGAGGCGAUUCAGGGAAGUAUGUUCAUAUUAUCGGGCUUAGUGGCUUCUUGCGCGAUGACUGCAAUCUUGCUUCACUCGCCAUCGCCAAUUCGCCACGCCUUCUACGAGACAUUCGUUCAUCUUCACUUUGCUAUUGUCGCCGUAUGCAUGGGAUUCCUCUGGAUACAUCUGAACGGCAUGAUUGCCCAACGAUAUCUACUCGCCUCUAUCAUUCUCUGGGCUCUUGAGCGCCUUGUUCGUCUGAUUUUCCUGGCCUACCGCAAUUUCGGGUACGACCCGACAAAAGCGACGGUCGAGGUCAUGCCUGGAGACGCCAUGCGCAUUACUUUAUGUCUGGCCCGGCCUUGGAAAUUUCGCCCCGGCCAGCACAUCUACCUUUACAUCCCAGCGGUUGCAUUAUGGACGUCCCACCCAUUCUCCGUCGCCUGGAGCGACACGGAAGACGCUAUCUCCCACGAGAAGACCUUGCCGAUGGCGAACCAUGACCUUCUUCAUGCACCUCACCGCACGACACUCUCUCUGCUUGUCCGACGGCGGACUGGCAUGACUGACAAGCUUUUCCAGUACGCCGCCAACUCCCUCGGCUCUCGAGUAACCCUCCGGGCUUUCGCCGAAGGCCCCUACGGCAGCCUCCACUCAAUGGACUCCUAUGGUACAACCAUGUUAUUCGCUGGCGGCGUGGGCAUCUCACACCAAGUCCCCUUUGUCCGACACCUGGUCGAGGGUUUCGCAGAGGGAACUGUUGCUACCCGGCGGCUGACUCUGGUGUGGAUCAUCCAGUCUCCCGAGCAUCUGGAGUGGAUUCGCCCCUGGAUGACCAGUAUCCUGGCUAUGGAUCGUCGCCGGGAGGUCCUCCGUAUCAUGCUGUUCGUGACCCGCCCGCGGAAUACCAAGGAAAUCCAGAGUCCUUCGGCAACGGUGCAAAUGUUCCCGGGCAGACCGAAUAUCGAUACGCUCGUAAGCAUGGAGGUUGAGAACCAAGUUGGUGCCAUGGGCGUUCUCGUCUGUGGUAAUGGCAGUCUUAGCGAUGAUGUGCGACACGUCUGCCGAAAGAGACAGUCAGGAUCAAACAUUGACUUUUUUGAGGAGAGUUUCUCCUGGUGA